GGGGCAUAUACAAUUAUUAAAAUAUGACUACCAUAGCUUUCGGAGGAGGGCCUAGUCUAGAUCAGAGGCGGUCAUUCGCAGCCCUCAGAGAUGGAACUCAUGUGCCGGGUUAUCGAGGAUAUUGUCCACAAAUCAAAUAUAGAGUAGGCAAAACUUAUGGAACAGACACCCAUGAGCUGGCUCAGAGUACUAUCCACUUGGAACCAGCCUCCAUUUUAUCUGAGGCACCAAGUAAACCAACCACAAAGAAUAGACUGCCAGAGUCAACAGGAGACAAUAAAUACACAGAAAAAAUGGUUCCUGGCUACACAGGUUACAUUCCACGCAUGCCAUUCAAAUUUGGAAACACAUAUAAAGAGGACUGUGAUGCUUGUAUAGAUGAAUACUUCACUAAUAGGAACUUUUAUGAUACAAAGUCUGCUGACCUGAAGAGACAAGUAGGCAGCUAUCCACGUCUUACCCCCAUUUCUCAUGACCCUGAGGUCAGGGACAAGCUCAAUUUGUACAGAGACACCCACCCUAGCAGGCCUAUCCUUGUGGAGGAUCGUCGCGCACUGACGGAGCCACCAAUCCCUGGCUACUGUGGAUACAUUCCUAGAAUAAAGACCACAGAACAAGGACUAGGAGCACGCUAUCACAGGUCCACCAAGAAUGGAUUAGAACUCUUUGCUCAAGAAACUGCCUCAGCUUCUCAAAGGCUAACAGGUCAAGUUCCGGCCUCCUUAGACAGUGUACCCCAGCACCUUCUUCAGGGAACAAAGUCUGCGGACACUCGUCGUCUGUAUCUUGAUGAUGGCAUGAUUCCUAAGUACACAGGAUACGUCCCACAGAGAAGAUUUGCAUUUGGCAACACUUAUGGAGACACCACACGAGGACUGGAAGUCUGUGGUCACCCAAAUGGCUCGUACGGGAAUUUCCUUCGAUCAAAAACCUUUGCCAAUUGAAGCAGCAUUUAUCUCUCAACAUCAAAAUCCGAGGAAGUGACGGUCAAAAUACUCUUGUGCCAAGAAGACAAAGCCUUCUGCAGUAUGCUGUUCCCUCUACUUAUUAAAAUUUUUAUGUAUACAAACUCUUUUAACUGUGCCUUCUUAUGCUAAAGAGAGUUUCUUUUUACUUCCGAUUUGCUUUUAAGUUGACCUCCUUUUCAAGUUUAUAUUUUGUUAACAAACUACUAGACUAUUGCCUCUGUGAGACAGUUCUUUUUAUCUUUUUUUUUACUUUAAAAGAACUGCUGUAGAGUUAGGAGUGUACGUUAGUACAAUGUCUGUGUUUGUGUUCUACGAUAAAUUCUGCUGUUUUAACCAGGUAAAUAUAACUCAUUGUGAUAUAUUUAUUUCUUUGUUGACUGUGUUAUAUAUAUAUGUUUCGUUCACCGAUUAAUGUCACACAUUGAAGAGUUUAUCAUCUCUGUCUUGGACUGAGAGAAAUCAUGAGUUUACGAUGUAUUAUUCUACUGGAUUUCUGAGUGUUUAUUGCAUAAUGAGGACAUGAACUCGUUCACAUUUUACAUAGUAUAUGUAAAUGUCAUUGAGGGACUUUCCUAAAGUUUAUCAAGAUUGUCAAAUAUGACUGUUAUAUUAUUAAUGAAUAAAUUCUGUCAUGUUUCUUUGC